CCUUUUGAGCUCUUAUUAACGGCGGUAUAUCCUGCAGUUUUCCGGCUGUUAUUUGUUUUAUUAGAGGAUGAAACUGCUAAUGGGAGCGAAACUGAAGAAGAACCUUCAAUGAGAACAGAUAGGCCAGGGCAAGGAGGGAGAAGCGAGCAGACAGAAUCAAGCAGCAGAGGUAAUCAUGAUAGGCACAACCAAGAAAAUGUAGCAGAAUUUUUACAUUUGCUUUUGGAAGCUGCAAAACGGAUAUGGGCACAAAUCAAGGCUGCAGCAAAUUUUGUAAUGGUUGAUAUGGGAGGCUAUCAAACUCUUGAUCGCGCCGUUCAAUGGUCUGUACAACAUCCUCAAAUGUCUCUUUUCCUACUUGCUUUGGGCUUGGGGUCACUUCUGCCCGUAUUGCUUAUUGCUGGAGUUGUUUUAUCAACCGUUGCUAUGACCUUUACAGGGAUAUUAGUUAUGGAGGGCACUUUACUCACAAUAUUGUCUAUGAUGCUUUUUGGACUUUUGGGCGCAUUGUUAAUUGUACUGGUAUUUUUCACAGUUUUAGCCGUUGCCGCUUAUCUUGGUUUUGCACAAAUUUACGAUUUGUACGGUAAUGUUGAAACUUACAAAUUAGCUUUAACACGUUUUUUGCAGAAAGAAAACCAAAACCCGCAACGGGAAUCUAGUGUUGGAAAUGUUUCUCAAACAUAAUGCAGUUAAGUUAAUGUACGUAUGUAGUCUUUCGAAUAGUUAUUCAAUAGAAAAGAACUGAAAAUACAUAUUUAUCAGUUCUCAUAAAAAAAUAAACUUUAAAGUACUAUAAUAAAGAUUUGUCAUUUUUAUUCCUUAACUUAAUCAAUAAUCAAGUUAAUUUUUGCUCCUGCAGCAAAUUGCAGUCCGGUUGACAUACCGUGAUCACUCUAUGCUUGAUAGAAUUAAGAAGAUGAAGUCAUUAGCCAAAUGGCUAUCAAAUUUCUGUACACUGUAAAUUUGAAUUAUAAAUAAAAAAAUAAUACUAUUGUAUGAUGA